AUGUGCACAAAUCCACCACCACCACCACCACUACCACCUCCAGCCAAUUUAUCUCUAAGUAAAAAAUUGGAGCGAAGUGAACCAGCUAACGAAAUAACAGAUUACUCCAAUGUUUGUGAAUGGGCCUCAGAUAACCCACAAUUGUGGGAAGUAUGUGCCAAAUAUCAAAUUUGCUUAAACCAAGAACCCUACCGUUACACCUAUAGAAAUUUUGAAUCAAUAUUGCAAGUAGGACCUACGUGUGGUUUGGUAGCUUUGUCGAUGCUUAUAGGAGGUGAAGUUACUCCCGACGAACUCCUUAAUAUAACGAAAAUGGAAGGGUACAGCAAUAACGGGGAGAUGUUAAGUUGCAAGGAUAUGGCAAAGUUAGCCGAGAAAGCAUUCAGCUUAGCUGAGAUAGAUAUUCCCUAUACUUUAAAAAAAGGCGGGCUUUUUAGCAUUGAAACCAUACAAAAUCUAUUAAAUGGUGCAAUUUUGUUAGUACCUUAUGAUGCAGAUUAUAAUCACUCUCCUUGUCUCAGACAAGGUCACACAGCUCACUGGGCACUGGUUUGUGGAAUAAUCAUCAUCGAGGAUCCAGGAGAGUCCUAUACCUCUAAUCCUAAUAAUGUCUAUGUUCUAUGUAGGCAUGGAAAAUCUCGAUUCCUUGCUGCUUGGACACUCGAUGAACUGAAUAGAAGUAACAUGAAUUUAUGGGAAUUCUCACCAAAAAAAGCAGAAGAUGGCCUGUUAUAUGUGCUUCCAAAGGGAGGGAUUGGAGGAGAAAACGGAUUAAGGGAACAAUUUAUAAUGUUCAAUAGUCUCUAA